AUGGGCCAGUCUUCUUCGACAGCACGACAUCUACCGGACACACAUUCGGAUCAUCAGUACUCGGACUCGAUAGCUCGCGAAUCCCGCACGAAUGAAGAAAUGGACAGGCACGCAGCCGAGCUAGCCGGAGAGGCCGACGUAGCCGGGGAGGCCGGUGUCUCGCCCGCAGGGAGCAGCAACCCGUUAAAUAAUGAGCAAGCAAACGAGGCGGAGGAGUCAUGGCACCAACCCACAGGUCUAUCAAAUGGCCAUUCCCAACAGAUGCGGGACAUUCAAGAGGAGGCUCCUGAGCUAGAUCAAACCGAAAGAGAAUAUCGCAGCGCAGCUAUCGCCAGAAUGGCAGCGCGCAGGCAAUCCACCAUGUCACGACUAGGCUCCAGGAUACUUCCCAAUUCUGUCAUCCGUGGACUACUCAAUAGCCAGGAGGAGACACCCGCAGAGGGCCAUGCCCACCGACAUGGACUGGUGUCACGACCCCCUCCAAGAACAGAGUCCUCUGCUCACAGUACUGGGCGAUUCAGUCCUUUCAGUGCGUUAGGAUCCAGAGGUAUCACUAGGCGCCGUUCGACCCGGGGCCCGCCUUACUUCAUUCCACCACGGCCUGAUUCAACGAUUCUUUCUGAUGGUGCUAUUGACGACCCGCCUGACGGGUUGGCUGAGCCUACUAGAGCCUCUUGGCGCCGUAAUGUCCGUCUAAAUCGCAUGCGUCAUUCGAUAUCAAGCCCGAUAUCUCAUAUGUUUGGCCCCUCUGGCUAUGCAGACGCCCAAGAAACCGCCUCGGAGCCUUCGGGCACAUCUCUCAGCGACAGCUUACCAACUGCGAUGGAUACCCGUCUCGACUAUGCCGAGCCUUUACAUGAGCUGGAUUCUGUUGAGCCGGGUAUCAGUUCGGGUGAGUCUUCGCCACUUGGGCCCAAUCCGAAUCUCAUUCGUCGCCUGCCGGGGUUACUCCGGACACGGUCGCCACGGGCAUUAAGACAGGAGGAUCAAACACCUCUGUCUCGCGUUCUACAACUUGCGGCAGCAGCAAUCGCGGCUCAACUCUCUGGCGUGAAUGGCCCUGCACUGCCGAAUAUCCACGCAUUAGGUAACGAUGGUCUAGAUGGCACAUUGGAAGGUUUUCUUCGAAGCCUGCAAAAUACUGCCUCUGCACAAGCACAGCCACCCGCUCAAGGCGAAAGUUCUAGCAACUCUGGGAAUGAGGGGACAUCGCCACCGGUCAACCUUCUACGUGUCUUCCGGUUCGCGAACUCGGAUCCUCCCAUGGGAACCUCGCCCUUCGGACGAAGCACGAACGACUCUGAAACUCCCAGGUCUCAGUCGGAUAGAAUGUCUGUUGAUGAACAACCAACUGAAGGACCCGAAGGAAGGACUGUCACACUGGUGGUAGUUGGUGUACGAUCAGUUCCAUCUGGAAAUGGAGGCAACAAUGAACAGGGUUCACCUGGACAAGGAAGUGGUGUUGGUGGUGGUGGUGGUGGUGGUGGUGGUGGUGGGCUAGAUGCUCUCCUCGGCCUCCCAUUUCUCCCCCAAAACAUUCCGCGGCCUCAAGAGAUGCCCGGCGAUACCGAACAAACAGAUGGCCGACCAAGAAUACACUUACCUCGUCCUACCGGUCUACCAACCCCAGGUCUACUGGAUCCUUUACGCCAGGCGCGCACCAAUGGACCUCAUGGAUUGUCUGAUAUAGGCAACCGGCCAGGUGUUCCGUCUUACCCUCCAGGAACAUCCGAUAGUCCCCCCGAGUCUCAUCCUCCACCCUCAACGCCAGCCGAUCAAGGGCUUUCGACGCUCUCUGGAACGACUACGCCGAGCCGUAGACCAUCAUCAACCUCGGCAUUAUCACCACAGGCUAUGCCCCAGCUUCCUGAGGAUCCAUCCAUGCAGCCAAUUGCCGAGCCCGUCGAUGAGCCUAUGCCGGUUCCCAGUUCUGCUGAGACAGCUGAUUCUGAGUAUGCUCGCCAUCGCGCUCUUGGCUCCGGAAAUGUCCGUCGUAACGGCGUGGUCGAGCCGGAUCAGCCUUCACCAAGUGGUGGUCGCAGCUGGCUGAUCUAUGUUGUCGGCACUAAUCUCUCUGAAAAUCACCCGGCACUCACCACGCCGAGUCUCUUCACUGAUAACCCUACAUACGAAGACAUGAUUCUUCUCUCAUCUCUGCUGGGCCCUGCUAAGCCCCCCGUCGCGUCCCAGGAAGAUGUGAACUCUGCUGGUGGAUUGUUCCGCCUCGUUGAGUAUGGUGGCUCAUUGGUAGCAGAGUCAAUCAAUGGCACUGGUACCAUUCAAAUGCAAGAGGAAGAACGCUGCCUUAUUUGCCUAAGUGACUAUGAAGUGGCCGAAGAAGUACGGGAGCUUGCGAAAUGCAAGCACGUAUUUCAUCGGGACUGUAUCGACCAGUGGUUGACCACUGGUCGAAACUCGUGUGUCCUCUAUGUCGAGGUCAAGGUGUGA